AUGGAGGGCAUCGCGGUUGGAAUCAUUGGUAUGGGUGACAUGGGCCGCUUAGUCAACGCUUGCGAUCGACCAGACAAGUUCCAAGCUCUACACCAUGAGUACGAGAAUGAGAGAGGAAUAAAUAUCUUGCCUAAUGGUCAUCUUGUUUCCCGAGCAAGCGACUGGAUCAUAUACAGUGUGGAGGCCGAGCUCAUUGACAAGAUUGUUGCUGAGUAUGGUCCGUCCACCAAAGUCGGCGCCAUUGUCGGUGGGCAGACCUCCUGCAAAGCCCCUGAGCUGGCUGCCUUUGACAAGUAUCUGCCCGCCGACGUUGAGAUUGUUUCUUGCCAUUCCCUGCAUGGCCCCGCUGUAGACCCAACAGGCCAGCCGCUCGUCGUCAUCCAACACCGAGCGUCUAAGAAAAGUGUCGAUCUCUGUGUCCGAAUCCUCUCUUGCCUGAAUUCCAAAUUUGUCUUCUUGUCAGGGGAAAAGCAUGACCGUAUCACCGCAGACACGCAGGCAGUCACGCAUGCGGCGUUUUUGAGCAUGGGAACGGCAUGGGCGGCGAACAAACAGUUUCCGUGGGAAAUCGAUCGAUACAUUGGUGGAAUCGAGAAUGUGAAGAUUAACAUCACACUGCGCAUCUAUGCCAACAAGUGGCAUGUCUAUGCCGGACUGGCCAUUCUCAACCCGGCGGCGAAAGAGCAGAUUCGACAGUAUGCCGAGUCAGUGACGGAACUUUUCAAGCUCAUGCUCGGUGGCCAUCGAGAAGAGCUGUCCCGCCGGAUCAAGACGGCUGGCGCGGCAGUCUUUUCCAAGGAUGCUGUUGACCAGGAUUUGUUGCUUGGGGACGAUGUGUUGGACAAGUUCUCGCUCUCAAGAAGGCCCAAAGAGAGAAUGCCGAACAAUCACCUCAGCUUGUUGGGCAUUGUCGAUUGCUGGUGGAAACUCGGCAUCGUCCCAUACGACCAUAUGAUUUGCUCCACGCCUCUCUUCCGAAUAUGGCUGGGCGUCACCGAGUAUCUCUUUCGCAAUGAGACAUUGCUGGAUGAAGUCAUUAACACGGCAAUCGAAGAUGACACUUUUCGUUCCGACGACCUUGAGUUCACUUUUGCGGCAAGGGCAUGGUCGGAAUGCGUCUCGUUCGGUGCGUUUGAAGCAUAUCGAAGCCGAUUCGAGUAUAUCCAGCAGUACUUUGCUCCAAGAUUUCCCGACGCUGUUCGACUGGGGAACGAGAUGAUCCAAGAGAUCAUGGUCAAGACCAAAAACUGA